CUGCAGAGGUACACCGGUUACAAGCCCUGCCGCAGGCAACGCAUACAUUCCCGAACCAACUGGCGCCAGGGCAAUGCCACGUGCUUACGUGGGCAAGCCAGUUCUUUGCACACUGUGUACAGGUAGAGACGGGGCUGUCCGGAGAACUAUUUGGCCGAGUUCAGAUGGCAUCGAGUGGAGGUUUGGGUUGGGCUCGACUGUUUUUGUUUGUUUGUCGAGAAGCGGACAUGAAAGAUUUCAGAAACUAUGGUUUUAUGUUGUUUUAUGUUUGGAAUAAAAGUCAGUCUUCCGAAGGUUACUGACGUUAUUUGAUGACACUUUUUUUGUUCAUCCAAAGUUUAUUAUGGAAUUCUACUUACCAUCCGACGGCCGGCGCCUUGCAGGAUUUUUAGAUGAUUUUUCUCUUAUGUCAUCGACUACACCAUUGGCCGAAGCUUCGGUGGGAGUUAAGAGUGAUUUGGGAUCUUAUUCCAGCGGAAGAACAUCGCCAGGUCACGACCUGGGUUAUCAUACCCUACUCUCUCGUCAAAAUGCUCCACUGACUUCUACUCAGACUCCUGCUUCUACCCACAGAUCCUUUGACGGACAAGCUCCUGUCUCUCCUAGCCUUUGGAGCUACCCUGAAAGCUGUCCAUCCUCUGCACUAAGAACUCAAACUAUUUUAUCAGACACCGAGAAACUUCUAGCUACGUACAAAGGAAAAAAACUAACAAGGUGUUCACAUUUGGACAGACUGACAGACGAACUUAUACUGAAAGUAUUUUCUUAUUUAUCUAGUAAUCAUUUGUGUGUGUGCGCUCGUGUUUGUCGCCGAUGGUAUUUUUUAGCAUGGGAACCUCAACUUUGGACCUCCAUAACCCUGACUAGUGAGAAAAUCAACGUAGACUCUGGAUUGAAGACACUUUUUCGGCUUCUGUGUCGUGACUCUCCUAGUGUUUGUCUGACAGUGGAGCGAAUGUGUUUGAAUGGUUGUGCACGUCUUACAGAUAAGGGCGUGUGGACGAUUGCCAAACGAUGUCCAGAACUGAGAAGUAUUGAGAUCCGAGGAUGUAGCAAUGUGACCAAUACAGGGGUCAAUGAUUUGGUUUCAAGAUGUCUGAACCUGGAAAGGUUAGAUUUGACAGGGUGUGGAUGGAUCUUCACAAGAAUUGGUAUGGAGGUUCACUAA